CUUACCACCAACACAGUACGGAGGCAUCUAAAGUCCUCAGUCUCUCCUCACUAAUAAACACCGUCCAACCAACUGCCUUGCCGUCGCCUCUGUUUCCCCGCCUGAGAAACUCGACUGCCGUCUACCGGUGAGAGGAAGAGAGAAAAAUUUAGAAAAAAGAGGAAACGCACAUUAUUUUCUUUCGACACGUUUCGCGCUUCUCCAAUCGCCGCUUAGAGUUUCAGAACACGUGGUCCAGUCUCUUGGAAGCCUCUUGUCCGGUUGAGGGAGAAGAACCUCUAUUUGAAUGGCCGAGGCCGAAUUGCUUUCCACAUAGAGCUUCAGUAAUGACGGGAGCUGGCAGCGAUUGACAAAGUGAGAGAGAGGGAGCUUAUAAGAGUUUUGAUUGUUGCAGAAAGCUGUCAUACUUCCCGGUGAUUAUUGCCGGAAAACGUCAGAUUACGGUGAAAUGGCUGCCGAGAAAUCGCCGGACUGGCUACCCGAUGGCUGGGUUAUGGAUGUUAAAGUACGGAAAACCGGGCAGAAAGAUAAGUAUUAUAUUCAUCUGAAAACUGGGCGUAAGUUUCGCUCCAAGGAUGGGGUCCUUCGGUACAUAGAGACUGGAGAGUCGCACAACUGCAUGCCUCUACAAAUUGAAAGGCAAGCCAACACAUGCUCAAGUGACAAAGAUGUGCCCAACACAUGCUCAAGUGACAAAGAUAUGCCCAACACAUGCUCAAGAGACAAAGAUAUGCCUCUUGAAAUGCCAAUGGAGGAUUCACCAGAUUGGUUACCUGCUGGUUGGGUUGUGGAGAUCAAAACCCGAAGGGGUGGUUCAAAAGUUGGACAGAAAUACAAGUGCUAUAUUGCUCCAAUAACAGGCUGCAGACUUUAUUCGAAGAGAGAUGUGUAUCGUUAUCUAAGAUAUUAUGCAUCCAAUCUGGAGAAGGAUGGCACUGAAAUGCAGUCUGCAUGUGAUGCUGUAGUCAAGGAUGCAAAGGAGGAAUGUACUUCAGGUUGGAUCAAGGAAAUGAGAGCUAGAGAGAAGGGAAAUAAAACAAGAGACCUGCUACCUACUGCAGCAAAAAAGCAGAAAUUAGCAAACAAUAAAACAAGAAGAUGCCUUUUUCUGGGACAGAGCUCAGGAUUGAACGAAACUACAGAUCAACAGCUAGUGGAAUCGUGUGUUAAAGAAGAAUGCUUAUCUGAGAGUGUUUUGGAUCAGAGUAAGACACUUUCUGGUAGGGAAAAUGCUGAGCUAAGUGGUCUACCCAAGCCAGAAGCUGAGGGAUUGGAGAAUAAGCAAGGGAAGGAGGUCCAUGCAGAAAAUGGAUUUAUUUCAACUCCUGCAACUGGAGGUUCUGUAGAAAAGCAUCCCAUAGAGAAAGGGGUGGAAAAGCGUAGAGGCAGAAAUGGCCAGAAAGGGGUGAAGAAGCGUAGAGGCAGAAAGAGCCAGAAAGGGGUGGAAAAGCGUAGAGGUAGAAAGAGCCAUCUUGGUUCAGGCAAUCAUAAGGCUGCAAAAGAGGUUCUGCCUCGCAGGGCUUCAAAGCGGCUUGCUGGUCUCCAAGCUGAGCUGCCAUCAGAUUUGGACACCAGCAAACGGGCUUGUAGUGUGGCAGCUAGAAACUCAGCUGAGCUUGAAGCCAAUCCAGCGGUGAACCCUGCUAGUGAGGCUCAUAAGGCUGAGCCUGAAUCAGGAGGGUCUGCAUGUCUUGCUUCCAAAAGUGUGCAACUUCCAUCAAGUAAAGAGCCAUCAAAGGAAAGUGAAAGGCCUGUUGGGGACGUUUUCUUGGAAGAUAUCACUGGUAAGCUCGAAACUGGUAAACAGGCUGAGGAGAAGCCAGAGUCUCCACUUGUUUUGCCAUUUGGCGAUUCAUGGCCAGAUCCAUGCCUUGAAUUUGCAUUCAAGACUCUUACAGGUGAAAUUCCAGUGGAGGAUACGCUGGCAAUUGAGGGUUACUUCCAGCAGCAGUUCAGCGCAAGGCAGAACCAGAGUAAUAGGGGCUUUGUGUUGCCAGAUCUUGGCCUAGAAAGCUUCUGCAAAACUGAUUUUGUGUUUCAGUUUGGUGUGCCAGAGAAGCCUGUAUCGAAACAGCAAUCUCUAGUAUUUUCAUCCUUUGGAAAUGGUGACUUGGCGAGGUCAGGUGCUAAUAUUUUACAGCAACCUAGUGGUGAGGGAAAUAAAGAAUGCAGAAAAUGGUAAACCAGACACCUGUACCUGUAGGAAGUUUACACUGUAAACUGGAUGUUUUGUGUUUUGCUUGAUCCAGCUCCUUUUGGCGAGUUCAGGUAUGAAUGUUUUAUAGCAACCUUGGUAAGGGAAAUAAGGAAUGCAGAAAAAUGUUUUAACUUAAAAAGAGGCACUGUAGUUAAUGGGAAAUAAACUUUGUAAAACUGAUGCUUUGUGUGUAUUUUUUUUUAACCCAGCACCUUCUUACUUCC